AUGUCCAGCAACUCGGAUUUAUUUCAGUUACCCGUUACACAACCUAAACUCACCACACGGAUUCGCAACUAUUUAAAUUCUCAGCAUGAAAUCAGUAUCAAAACCAGCGACCAUGAAUUUUCAUAUGAGUACCUAGGUAUUCGCUCUGAUUUCGGUCCUCCCUUUACAACUAUCGAUCACGGUGAUGUCUAUCUCUUUCAUGAUCUCAAGAAACUUUAUGGCUGUGACCCUUACUCUCGUAAAGACAGCAAGAUUAUUAAAAAUAAGAUCUUACUGGUCAGUCGCGGAGGUCAAUGUACCUUUAUAGAAAAAGUUUUGCAUGCUCAAAAGGCAGGUGCCAAAGCUGUUAUUUUCUUGAACAACCAACAUGGCGAUAUUCGUAUUGUGGGUACUGCAAAAACACCCGUCAGAAUCCCUAGUAUGAUCAUCAGCCAUCAGGAUACUUUAUCCCUAUUAAAAACAAGAAAGAAACCUUUGGCUACAUUUCAAGUGCACCCUUUGCCUCCCAUCGACCUCGAUCCUCAGGCCGUGAUCUCGUUACUGUAUCGUGGUGAACGUAUCCAGAAUGUGGUCAUUGUCAAUGUUUAA